GUUACGUAGAGCGGCGUGCUGCAAACCCGCUCUGGGCGGCCCUGGGUAGGCUGUGGUUCUGCAAGCUGCGGGAGCGGACCUCGGCUGGACGCGGCUGCCGACCUUCCUCCGCUCCUUCCUGCGAGCUGCGGGUUUUCGGCGUCCACAGCCAGACGGCCUUCGUUUCGCUUACUUUGCCCCUAUGUGUACCAGAAUGAGUGCUGCAUAGUGUGAACCUGAUAGGAUUGACUUUACAAAUGAAACAUUUUUGUCACAUCUGCCAAGAAGUAUUAUUUGAAUGAAACGUUAACUUAUACAAGUUUUCCGAUAUUUUUAACCUGAGUUCUCAGCUGUCUGCAGUUAUACCUUAACCUGAGGGGUGCGUGGCCCUGAAGGGGAGGGAUAAGAACUUUGGAUCUUAGAUGCUCUGAGAACCCACUACUAUAUAAUCAUACCUAUGAAAUCAUUCCUGCUGGCAGCCCCAAUGGGAGCAUAAACCAGGGACUUUGAUAUCAUGCAUCAGAAGAGCAAAUUAUUUUUCCAAGCUUUGAAGUAUAGUAUUCCUCACCUUGGGAAAUGCAUGCAGAAACCGCAUUUGAAUCACUGUAAUUUCGCUGAUCAUUAUUACAGUAGAAUAAAAUUGAAAAAAUAUCACCUAACCAAGUGUCUGCAGAAUAAACCCAAGAUAUCAGAGUUAGCAAGAAACAUCCCAAGUCGGAGCUUCUCGUGUAAGGAUUUUCUGCCUAUUAAAAAAGAAAACGAAAAAUCCCUUUCAGAAAACAUGGAUGCAUUUGAAAAAGUGAGAACCAAAUUAGAAACACAGCCACAAGAAGAAUAUGAAAUCAUCAAUGCAGAGGUUAAACAUGGUGGCUUUGUUUACUAUCAAGAAGGUUGUUGCUUGGUUCGUUCAAAAGAUGAAGAAGCAGACAAUGAUAAUUACGAAGUUUUGUUCAAUUUGGAGGAACUUAAAUUAGAUCAGCCCUUCAUUGAUUGUAUCAGAGUUGCUCCUGAUGAAAAAUAUGUAGCCGCCAAGAUAAGAACGGAAGAUUCUGAAGCAUCUACCUGUAUAAUUGUGAAGCUCAGUGAUCAGCCUGUAAUGGAAGCUUCUUUUCCAAAUGUGUCCAGUUUUGAAUGGGUCAAGGAUGAAGAAGACGAGGAUGUUUUAUUCUAUACCUUCCAGAGGAACCUUCGCUGUCAUGAUGUGUAUCGAGCCACUUUUGGUGAGAACAAACGUAAUGAACGUUUUUACACAGAAAAAGACCCAAGCUAUUUUGUUUUCCUUUAUCUUACAAAAGACAGUCGUUUCCUCACCAUAAAUAUCAUGAACAAGACCACUUCUGAAGUGUGGUUGAUAGAUGGCCUAAGUCCUUGGGACCCACCUGUACUUAUCCAGAAGCGAAUACAUGGGGUCCUUUACUACGUUGAACACAGAGAGGAUGAAUUAUACAUUCUCACUAAUGUUGGCGAGCCUACAGAAUUCAAGCUAAUGAGAACAGCAGCUGAUACACCUGCUAUCAUGAAUUGGGAUUUAUUUUUCACAAUGAAGAGAAAUACCAAAGUCGUAGACUUGGACAUGUUUAAGGAUCACUGUGUUCUGUUCCUGAAGCACAGCAAUCUACUUUAUGUUAAUGUGAUUGGUCUGGCUGAUGAUUCAGUUCGGUCUCUAAAGCUCCCUCCAUGGGCCUGUGGAUUCAUAAUGGAUACAAAUUCAGACCCAGAGAACUGUCCCUUUCAGCUUUGUUCUCCAAUACGUCCCCCAAAAUAUUACACAUAUAAGUUUGCAGAAGGCAAACUGUUUGAGGAGACUGGGCAUGAAGACCCAAUCACAAAGACUAGUCGUGUUUUACGUCUAGAAGCCAAAAGCAAGGAUGGAAAAUUAGUGCCAAUGACUGUUUUCCACAAAACGGAUUCUGAGGACUUGCAGAAGAAACCUCUCCUGGUGCAUGUAUAUGGAGCUUAUGGCAUGGAUUUGAAAAUGAAUUUCAGGCCUGAAAGAAGGGUGUUGGUGGAUGAUGGAUGGAUAUUAGCAUAUUGCCAUGUUCGGGGUGGUGGUGAAUUAGGCCUCCAGUGGCACGCUGAUGGCCGUCUAACUAAAAAACUCAAUGGCCUUGCUGACUUAGAGGCUUGCAUUAAGACACUUCAUGGCCAAGGCUUUUCUCAGCCCAGUCUAACAACCCUGACUGCUUUCAGUGCUGGAGGGGUGCUUGUGGGAGCAUUGUGUAAUUCUAACCCAGAACUCCUGCGAGCUGUGACUUUGGAGGCACCUUUCUUGGAUGUUCUCAACACCAUGAUGGAUACUACACUUCCUCUGACAUUAGAAGAAUUAGAAGAAUGGGGGAAUCCUUCGUCUGACGAAAAACACAAGAACUACAUAAAACGUUAUUGCCCCUAUCAAAAUAUUAAACCUCAGCAUUAUCCUUCAAUGCACAUCACAGCUUAUGAAAACGAUGAACGUGUACCUCUGGAAGGAAUUGUAAACUACACUGAGAAACUCAAGGAAGCCACUGCGGAGCAUGCUAAGGACAGUGGUGAAGGCUAUCAGGCCCCCAAUAUUAUUUUAGACAUUCAGCCUGGAGGCAAUCAUGUGAUUGAGGAUUCUCACAAAAAGAUUACAGCCCAGAUUAAAUUCCUGUAUGAGGAACUUGGACUUGACAGCACAAGUGUUUUCGAGAAUCUGAAGAAGUAUCUGAAAUUCUGAAAUGCUAUAUUCAAUGGGAAUUGGAAACACAUUGAAAUACUUUCUAGUUUUAUUUGCCAAUGGGUUGGCAAA